CCGACUUACUCGAACGUUGUUGUCGGUAGUUCGUCUCCGAACACGUGCGCGGACGGUUCUUCUCCCCGUCGGGCCACCACGUUUUACACGCGCACCGCCGUGUUUAAUUUUCACCGACGCAAAUGAAAUGAGUUUUCCCGCGAUCAUGCCGAGCGGUUUUCCGGCGGUCGCCACCGUCAUUUUAACCGUCUUGGCUGUACUUCAGCUAAUGGCCGUCUUAGGUUCAAAUUUACCAAUCCCAAAGAUGGAUUCGACGAAAAUGGAUCCCAAAUUCAACGGCACGUUACAAAACGUAACAGCCACGGUUGGCAGAAGGGCCACUUUAUCAUGCACCAUCGAAAAUCUAGGGGCGCAUAAGAUUGGUUGGAUGAAAGCAGAAGAUCAAACAAUAUUAACGUUUCAUGAGCGUGUAGUAGCUUCAAACGGUCGAUUCAGCGUAAGUCACGAGAAUUACAGAACAUGGUAUUUACAUAUAAGAGACGUAGAAGAAACUGACAAAGGCUGUUACAUGUGCCAAGUAAACACUAUCGAAAUGCAAAAACAAAUCAGCUGUUUAGACGUUUUAGUACCUCCGGAUAUAAUAACCGAUGAGUCGAGCCCAGACCUCACGCUAAUGGAAGCCGAGAACGCGACCCUGUCGUGUCACGCCACAGGCAACCCUGAACCCAAAAUCACGUGGAGGCGCGAGAACAAUCAGCCGCUGAUGCUGCGCACCGGUUCCAGAGACUUGGUCAAGCACAAUUCAUAUGUUGGUAACGACCUGAAACUUUGGCGGCUUGACAGAAGACAGACCGGAGUUUACUUCUGCAUAGCUAGCAAUGGUAUACCACCCGCAGUCAGCAAAAGGAUAACGUUGAGCGUUUACUUUCCGCCCGUAAUUGCAGUACCCAACCAACUACUGGGAGCGCCAAUAGGCACAGACGUGACGCUCGAAUGUCACGUGGAAUCCUACCCAAAAUCUAUCAACUAUUGGGUCAGAAAUCGAACAAAAAUGUUAAUGGAUGGACCCAAGCAUAUUCUUCGAGAAACAAUAUCCGGCUACAAGGCUGCGUACUAUAUUGUUAUCAAGAUGUUCGACCAAUCAGAUGUGGGAACCUAUAAUUGCAUAUCAACUAACUCCAUUGGAAACUCUGAAGGCACGCUAAGAGUGUAUGAGCUUCAGGGCGAUAUACCUAUUGGAAAGAGCUCAAAGAACAAAGUUGCCAGAUCAUCAGCAUGUCCAAAGCAUAUGCAUAUAGUUACGGUGGCCGCGUUGACCGCGGUCUGGGCCAAAGCUAUUGGUUGAAUAUCUCGAUACGUCAUCGUCAAAAAAUAAAAUAAACUAAUCAGAUAUUUUUAAAUCGAUUAAUAUAACUUUUUUUUGUAUAAAUGAAUAUCUACACGCCAAUUUAGGUAUUCGCUCAUCAACAGACUGGAUGUCUACUGUGAUCGUAUUCGUUGGAUAUUAUUUGCCAAUAUAAUAUAACAUUGUGUUUCGCGUCAUAUUAGAGACUUAUUAUAAAUGUAUGUAUUUUUAUUUCCGUUAUUAAAUGUAUGUUUAUUUAUGGUGUACCUGCGUUGGAGAGAAACGACCGCCCGGACAACAGUCGUGAACACAAAUCUGACAAAUCGUUUAUCGACUACUAUUAUAUCAUUAACAAAAAAUAAUAUUGCGGUUUACAAUAUAUUAUAAUAUUAAACUGUUUUAUUCGUACUUAUACUUACCAUCUAUUUUUCCUGGAACGCGGUGCGGUUAUGAUUAAUUUUUGUAAAAGAAAAAUUGUUUUCAACGCUGCUGCCGUCGAUUUGUUUCUCGAUUAUAACUUAUAAUAUAUAAUAUUAUUAUAAUUAAUGUAUACACUAUUGAACUAUUCUGAUGUUGGCCGACGGUCAAUAUUCCUACAUAACAUUUCUUGUAAACGUGACUAUAUUAUUGAAAUAUUCUAAUUUUACAAAUUGUAAAUAUUAACAAAAUUAUGGAAAUUAUUAUUCCAAGCUUUUGAAACACUGUAUUUAUGCAUGUUACAUUUAGCAAAUUAAUUUUAAUAAAACAAAUGUUUCAAAUACUUGAAAUUUUACCCAACAUUGUUUUAGUUAUUAGUUGUUACUUCAUUGACUAUAGUGACGACUAUGUUGUUAAAUUAUGUAAUUAUAUAAAUAUUGUAUAUUCAAAAUUACAAGUUCCAAUUAAUUAUAAUUAUAAUAAUUAAAAAAUAAAAUAAACAUUGA